ACUCUUCUGUGUGUUUGUCUUUGUCUUUGUCUUCUAAUUGUUCACAACCAUGUUAGAUUCUGUAUUGGAGUUCAUCACUCAAGCUGCUUCCAACUCUACAUUCAUUUUCUGUUUUUGCAAUUUGAUCAUAGUUAUUAUCCUACUUGACUUGAAGCCUGGCCUCAGUUUUCAUCAAGCAAGUGAAAUCUCUCUUUCCAUAGGUGCAAAUCAAAAACAAGGAGCAAACUCUAAGUGUCUAGUUGAAAAAGACUCAGGAUCAUUGCCACAAGUAGCAGAAGUGUCACAUGUCCAAGAAGAAGAAGCAGAUGCAGAAGCAAAAGUAGUGGACAACAUUGAAAUUGAAGGCAGUGAUGAUUGCAGCAAUGAAGAAGAGGAAAAGGAGGAAGAGAAUGAUGAGUUGAGGAAAAGAGUGGAGGAAUUUAUAGAGAAAGUUAAUAAAAGAUGGAAAGAAGAAUUGUUGAGCACAUCAAGCUUGGUAUAGAACUCAAACAAUAAGGAAAUUUAGGCCUAAAAUUUGAGUUAUUAACAACUACAGGCUUGAAACUUCUGGUUAAUUUUGUUGUAUUGUAUCAUUCAAGAAAAUAUCAUAGAAAUAGUUGUU